AUGGCGGGUCACAGGUGUUUAUUGUUCCUGGUCCACCUACCUCUGAAGAGGAUAGCAGACAUGACGAUCCCCAAACCCCAAGCGGCUCAGUUUGACAUCAUCAAACACAUGCGACAGGACCAGAUCACUAACGGCCUGGUCAAUGCUAUCUCUACAGGGAACUGGUCCAUCAAGAGAUUCAAGAUGGAGAGAGCUGGAGUGACUCAGGUGUUAUCUCGUCUCUCCUUUAUCUCGGCCCUGGGGAUGAUGACUCGCAUAUCCAGCCAGUUUGAGAAGACGAGGAAAGUGAGUGGUCCCAGGUCUCUACAACCGUCACAGUGGGGGAUGCUGUGUCCCUCCGAUACACCAGAAGGGGAGGCAUGUGGAUUGGUUAAAAACCUAGCUCUGAUGAUUCACAUCACCACAGACAUGGAGGAGGAACCCAUCAUCCGCUUGGCCUUUAAUCUGGGGGUGGAAGACAUCCAGCUACUCAGUGGGGAGGAGAUGACCAGUUCCAGGGUCUAUCUGGUCUUUCUUAAUGGUAACAUUUUGAGGGUGAUCCGUGACCACAAGAAACUUGUACGGACUUUCCGGUUGAUGCGACGGUCGGGGUACAUCAGUGAGUUUGUGUCUGUGUGCACAAACCACACCCACAAAUGUGUCUACAUCUCCACAGACGGAGGAAGAUUGUGUAGGCCUUAUAUCAUUGUACAGAAGGGACAGCCUCUUGUCAAACAGAGACACAUAGAGGAGCUGACUCAGGGGUUCAGAAGUUUUGAUGACUUCCUGAAGGAGGGACUGGUGGAAUACCUGGACGUGAAUGAGGAGAACGACUGUAUGAUCUCACUGUACGAGUCAGGAAUCACCAGGGAAACAACUCACCUGGAGAUCAAGCCGUUCACCAUUCUGGGAGUCUGUGCUGGAUUGAUUCCCUACCCCCACCACAACCAGUCCCCCAGGAACACCUACCAGUGUGCCAUGGGCAAGCAGGCGAUGGGUACCAUCGGGUAUAACCAGAGGAAUCGUAUAGACACCUUGAUGUACUUGUUGUGCUACCCACAGGCACCUCUAGUCAAAUCUAAGACAAUUGAGCUUAUCCACUUUGACAAGUUACCGGCCGGACAAAAUGCCACCGUCGCAGUGAUGAGUUUCAGCGGCUACGACAUUGAGGACGCCCUUGUCCUGAACAAAGCUUCUCUUGAUAGAGGUUUUGGGCGGUGUCUAGUGUACAGGAAGCAAGCCUGCACCCUGAAGCGCUACACCAACCAGAGCUUUGACAAGGUGAUGGGACAGAUGGUGGACGCCAGCACCCACAAACCUAUCUGGAAACACGAGGCUCUCGACUCCGACGGGAUCUGCUCGCCAGGGGAGAGAAUGGAAAACCGGCAGGUGCUUGUCAACAAAUGGAUGCCCACUGUGACAAUGAAUCCAAUCCAACAGUCGCCUACAACUCAAGGACCUCCACAGGGGCCGGAGUAUAGGGAGGUUCCUAUAACAUAUAAAGGAGCGGAGGCCUGUUACAUAGAGAAGGUGCUGAUUUCGUCCAAUCCGGAGGAGGCUUUCUUAAUCAAGAUAUUACAGCAACAGACGCGUCGGCCUGAGAUUGGAGACAAAUUCAGCAGCAGACACGGUCAGAAAGGGGUUUGUGGAUUAAUUGUCCCACAAGAAGAUAUGCCAUUCACUGAUCUGGGUAUUUGUCCAGACAUUAUAAUGAAUCCCCAUGGUUACCCGUCCAGAAUGACGGUCGGUAAGCUGAUGGAACUGUUGGGAAGUAAGGCCGGGGUCCUGGAAGGGAAAUUCCACUACGGAACAGCAUUUGGGGGAGACAAAGUCUGUGAUUUAUCAGAGGAUCUCGUAAAACAUGGAUUUAAUUAUCUCGGCAAGGACUUUGUAACCUCAGGAAUAACUGGGGAGCCGCUGGAGGCCUACAUAUUCUUUGGCCCCAUAUACUAUCAGAAACUGAAGCACAUGGUUCUAGAUAAGAUGCAUGCCCGAGCCAAGGGACCGAGAGCGGUACUGACUCGACAACCUACAGAGGGGCGAUCUCGAGAUGGAGGUCUGAGAUUGGGCGAGAUGGAACGAGAUUGUCUCAUUGGUUAUGGAGCAAGCAUGCUGCUACUGGAGAGACUGAUGAUAUCUAGCGACGCCUUUGAGGUGGACGUAUGCGGAGAAUGUGGACUCCUGGGAUACUCAGGCUGAUGCGAGUUCUGUAAAUCCUCACGUCAUGUCUCCACUCUUAAAAUGCCGUACGCCUGUAAACUGUUGUUCCAGGAGUUACAGUCGAUGAAUAUUGUUCCAAGACUAUCUCUAAAACGUUACAAUGAAGUCUAGUACAUGUAAUACAGACACUAUAUUCCUACGUAAUUUUGUACAAGUUCACACUAUUUUGUUGACAAUAAAUUGGAAUCAGUAAUGUACCUGAUAA